GUGUUUAGAGAGAGAGAGAGAGAGAGAGAGAGAGAGAGAGAACACAAGAUUAGCAAAUGGCAACAGAGCCAUCAUCGACCGACGCAUUGGAGACAGUGGCAGGGCAAGCGCCUGUAACGGCUGAACGAUGGGUCCGGAGCGACUUGGAGCAGAGCUUCCCCAAGCCCUACAUGGCAAGGGCUUUGGCUGCGCCAGAUACAGAGCACCCCAAUGGGACGGAUGGUCACAACCAUCACGAUUUGAGCGUCCUUCAACAACAUGUAGCUUUCUUCGAUCAAGACAAAAACGGUAUCAUCUAUCCUUGGGAAACUUAUGCAGGAAUGCGUGCAAUUGGGUUCAAUAUGAUCGCAUCAUUGGUGUUGGCCAUCGGCAUCAAUGUCGUCUUCAGUUACCCAACCUUGCCCGGAUGGAUUCCAUCUCCUUUCUUUCCGAUUUAUGUUCACAAUAUACACAAAAACAAGCAUGGAAGUGAUUCGGGAACUUAUGACACUGAAGGAAGGUAUGUUCCAGUGAAUCUGGAGAACAUUUUCAGCAAGUAUGCGCGUACAGUUCCUGAUAAAUUGACGUUUGGGGAGAUAUGGAACAUGACUGAAGGCAACAGGGUCGCCUAUGAUCUCUUUGGCUGGACUGCAAGUAAGGUGGAAUGGGUAGUUCUGUAUGUGCUUGCAAGAGAUGAAGAGGGUUUCUUAUCCAAAGAAGCUGUGAGGCGCUGCUUUGAUGGUACCUUAUUUGAAUACCGUGCUAAGAGGCAGAGUGGAGCUGAUAAGAUGGACUAAUCUAUGAAUGUAUAAAGUAUUGAAUUAGAAUAUUUUUGUAAAGACAUUUCCAUGUCUCAGCUGCUCAUAUUUGCAGCUAUAUGGUUCCAAUAAACAAAAAAAGAUAUGAAGUGUAUUUAAGUACUA